GCAUCAGGGUGUGAUAUUGUGAUAUUGGGUACUGACUUUCAAAGAUUACAGAUAAUCCCUGGGGCAAAACAUGGAAACAUUCAAGUGGGAUGUGUGGACUGUUCAAUGCAACAGGGGAAGAUUGCAGCUUCCUAUGGAAAGGUGAUUUGUAUCUUUGAGCCAGUUAGCAUCUUGAAGGAGAACGGCAAUUUAGUGUUACAUUAUCAGUGGCAAAAGAAUGCUCAAAUCUUACUGGAUGCUAUAGCACAUAAUCUAACAUGGGAUCCCACAGGCACUCGCCUUUUGACUGGUUCCAGUUCUCUUCAACUUUGGUCUAAUAUUCCUUUGGAAAACCCUUCUGACAAUGACAAUACUGAAACAACAGAUGUUGGACUUGGAGAAUGGAGGUGUAUCUGGCAAUGCAAAACUGCUUCUCAAGUUUGUCUAAUGAAGUUCUCACCAGAUGGGGAGUUCUUUGCUACUGCUGGAAAGGAUGAUUGUCUUGUGAAAGUGUGGUACAAUACAGACAGCUGGCGAUCAGCUGUAACGCCACCUGGUGCAAGUCCAGAAAAACAAGUAAAGGAAGUUGAUUUUUCAUUUGUUUAUUUGGCUCAUCCUCGAUCAGUGAAUGCAUUUUCAUGGAGGAAGACUAGUAAAUUCAUGCCACGUGGUGCUGUCUGCAAUGUACUCCUCACUUGCUGUAAGGAUAAUGUCUGUCGUCUCUGGGCAGAGACUUUGUUACCCAAUGACAGUCUGUUGUGUGGUGGAGGAAACAACAACUGGAGUGAAGCAGUGACCUUAACAAAUAACUUCAAGAGAAAUACUUCGAGUAAGGACAAAGUGCAAAGUGCUUUAGAGUUAAACCUAAGGCACUUUCGACGAGGAAGGAGGAGGUCGGGUGCUGUUGUAGCACAUACUGGAUUUGCUCCACAUCAGCGAGAUCCCCAUGAAGUUCACAGGAACAUUACUCCUCAUGCAAAUGCACUUUGUCACUUCCAUAUUGCUGCCAGUAUCAAUCCAGCCACAGAUAUUCCUCUGCUCCCUUCUAUCACAUCUCUGAGUCUUGGUGGAAAUGAAGAAAAAAGUGGACCUUUUGUUGUGCACUGGCUAAACAAUAAAGAACUUCAUUUUACCUUAUCUAUGGAAGUAUUUUUGCAGCAACUUAAGAAGAGUUUUGAACAUCAUUCUGAGACUAACACCGAGGAAUCUAAUCAAAUGGAUGGGAGAUCAGAGGAAGAAGUUGAUGAAACUGGAGAUGAACAGAAGGGGAUCCAAGAAAAGAAGGAACUGGGUGAUGAGAAGGCUACUCCAAAUUCAAGCCUGGUUCCUUUGUCUUCUGCUAUUAUUGAUCAUGAAAUUGAAGUACUACUUUCUGAAUGGAGUAAAAAUGCUGACAUGCUUUUCAGUAUACAUCCUAUGGAUGGUUCACUGCUAGUGUGGCAUGUGGACUGGCUAGACGAAUACCAGCCUGGCAUGUUUCGCCAGGUGCAGGUGUCUUUUGUCUCAAGAAUUCCUGUUGCAUUUCCAACGGGUGAUGCAAACUCUCUAUGCCGAAGUAUAGUGAUGUAUGCUUGUACCAAAAAUGUUGACUUAGCUAUUCAACAAGGCAAACAGAAACCUCCAGGCCUUACACGAUCUGCAUCUAUGCUUAUCUCUUCUGGACACAGUAAAUCAACAAACAGUUUAAAACUAAGUAUCUUCACGCCCAAUGUUAUGAUGAUUUCCAAACAUGCAGAUGGGUCAUUGAACCAGUGGCUAGUGAGUUUUGCUGAGGAAUCGGCUUUUUCCACUGUACUCAGUAUUUCACAUAAAUCACGAUAUUGUGGUCACCGUUUUCAUCUUAAUGACUUAGCUUGCCACUCAGUAUUACCUCUGCUGCUUACAACAUCACAUCACAAUGCUCUAAUUUCACCUGAUGUUGAGAAUGCAGAACAGGCAAAUGAUUCUCAAGAGUCACCAGCAAGAUUUCAGAGCAGAAGCAGUGCGAGCCUAACAUCACAGGAUCCCAAUGCAGUUUACAGUGAACUUAUUCUUUGGAGAGUUGACCCUGUUGGGCCUUUGUCCUUUUCUGGUGGAGUUUCUGAACUUGCACGGAUCAAUUCUCUCCAUAUUUCAGCUUUUUCUAAUGUUGCAUGGCUGCCCACACUUAUACCCAGCUACUGCCUUGGUGCAUACUGUAAUUCUCCAAGUGCCUGCUUUGUGGCUAGUGAUGGACAUCAUUUGAGGUUAUAUCAAGCAGUAAUAGAUGCAAAGAAACUUUUGUGUGAGCUCUCCAAUCCAGAAAUUUCUAAAUAUGUUGGUGAAGUUUUUAACAUCGUAAGUCAGCAAUCUACAGCUCGCCCAGGAUGUAUCAUUGAACUGGAUGCUAUCACAGAGCUUCAUGGCAAGAAAACACAGUUAUUCCAUGUUUUUCAAGAAGACUUGAUUUUAAAUAACGAGGAGAAGGAAAUACCUGAAAAGAGGAACAAUUUAUCAGACUCUGGAAACCAGCACAAUGGAUUCUCUGAGAAAUUCUAUUUAAUAGUAGUGGAGUAUACUCAAAGUCGUUCAUUAUUACAUAUGUGGCAUUUACAUUUGAAGUCAAUUCCUGUCUCAAUAGAUGAAAAGAUAGAUUCAAAUACAUCUGAAGCAGCAACACGAAUAGAAGUACAUUCUUCACCAGAUCCAGAGAAGAUCCAGUCACCUUUCACUCAGAAGUAUCAAGCCUGUAGAGCAAACCUUCAGAGCACCAGCUCACUUACUCUGUCUUCCAAAAUGGUGUAUAGUCAAGAGCUGAAUUUGCCAGAAGGAGUAGAAAUAAUAAGUGUAAAGCCAUCAGCAGGACAUUUGAGUUCUUCUUCCAUAUAUCCUGUUUGUCGUGCACCUUAUCUGCUGGCUACUUCAUGCUCUGAUGGAAAAGUUCGGUUCUGGAGAUGCAGAGUUACCACUGAAUCAUCAGCUUCAUCCAUGCCAGAAUAUAGUGCAUAUAGUGAUAUUACAUAUGUAUGGGAAGAAUGGCCCUUACUGAUUGAGGAUGGACUUCUUAGUAGUAGUGCUAUUAAUGUUCCAGGAAGGCCAACUGAAGUUAGCUGUGCACACACAAACAGAUUAGCAGUAGCAUACAAACAGGUAACAGCUAAAAAUAGCAAUCUUUCUCAAGAUUUUGUAAUGCAUGUUAGUAUUUUUGAAUGUGAAUCUACAGGGGGUUCUUCUUGGAUUCUAGAACAGACUCUUCAUUUAGAUGAAAUAGGCACCAUGUUAGACUCUGGUGUUAGUAUUGAUAAUAAUUUAAUGGCAUACAGCACACAAGACAUUUCUCUGUCUCAUGGUGGGAAUAUUAUGUCCAGCACUAAGCACUUGGUACACUUAGAUUGGAUGUCUAGGGAAGAUGGUUCACAUAUUCUAACAGUGGGAAUUGGAUCAAAACUUUAUAUGUUUGGUCAGCUGUCUGGGAAAAUGCAAGAACAAAAUGGUAAGGAGAUUGUAGCAAUGUCCCAUGGUGGCAGUGCCAAGUCUACAACCCUUUCUAGGUUUGUUCUGCUGCGUUGUGUUGACUUGGUUUCAUCUGUAGAGGGGUCACCUCCUUUUCCAGUCUCCUUGUCUUGGGUGCGUGAUGGCAUUCUUGUAGUUGGAAUGGAUUGUGAAAUGCAUGUUUAUUCCCAGUGGCAGUCUCCUUCCAAGCAAGAACUAGUUAGUACAGAUUCCUACAGUGGAAGUAUACCGUGUAUAACUAGCUUAAUGAAACAAAGCCAGUCAGCUGCCUCAGGUCUGCAUCCACCAAAGCGAACCUUAACAAGAUCUUUGACCAGUCUUGCACAGAAACUUAGUGGGAAAAGAUCUGCCUGUGAUCUGUCUACAGAAAUGGAAGAUUCUGGUCUUUUUGAAGCAGCUCAUACAUUAUCUCCCACUUUACCUCAGUACCAUCCAUACCAACUGUUAGAACUCAUGGAUCUUGGUAAAGUACAUAGAGCAAAAGCUAUUCUGUCCCAUCUGGUGAAGUGCAUUGCUGGAGAAGUUGUUGCUAUAAAUGAAUCUGAAUCUAAUCAUGAUAAGAGGCUCAGAUCUCUGACCAUCAGUGCUAGUGGAAGCACUGCAAGAGAUCCUAAAACAUUUAGCAAAACUGAUACUACAGACUAUAUUGAAAUAGACUCUGUUCCACCAUUGCCUUUGUAUGCUCUGCUUGCUGCAGAUGAUGAUUCCUCACAUUCCUGUUCAGAGAAAUCUAAUAAUCAAAACAAUAAAAAAGAUAAGUCCAAUGACAGUUAUGAAGAUCUCUUCCAAAAUCCUAUUAUAAGUGCCGAUGAACUUGUUACAUUUGAUGCAGAUGAAGACACUCCGAAACCAAGUGUCAUCGAUCUUUCUCAGUACAGCCCAACUUACUUUGGACCAGAGCAUGCUCAGGUUCUUUCUCGUCACUUGCUUCAUUCAAGCUUGCCAGGUCUGACUAGGAUGGAGCAAAUGUCAUUGAUGGCGCUGGCAGAUACAAUUGCUACUACCAGCACUGACAUUGGAGAAAGCAGAGACAGAAAUCAGGGUGGAGAAACCCUUGAUGAGUGUGGUUUGAAAUUUUUAUUGGCUGUUCGGCUGCACACAUUUCUAACAACUUCACUUCCUCCUGUCCAUCGAGCUCAGCUGCUUCGCCAAGGCUUAUCUACUAGUCAUUUUGCCUGGGCGUUCCAUUCAGUAGCUGAAGAAGAACUACUGAGCAUGCUCCCUGCAGUACAGAAAGGAGAUCCAACAUGGUCAGAACUCAGAGCUAUGGGUAUUGGAUGGUGGGUUAGAAAUAUCCAUAGCCUGCGGAAAUGCAUAGAAAAGGUGGCUAAAGCAGCCUUUCAGCGAAACAAUGACCCGCUGGAUGCUGCCAUUUUUUACCUUGCAAUGAAAAAGAAGGCUGUGAUCUGGGGAUUGUACAGGUCCCAAAAAGACACUAAAAUGACACAGUUUUUUGGAAACAACUUUAGUGAGGACAGAUGGCGUAAAGCAGCGCUAAAGAAUGCCUUUUCUUUGCUUGGCAAACAGCGUUUUGAACAUUCUGCAGCAUUUUUCUUAUUGGCAGGACACUUAAAAGAUGCAGUGGAGGUCUGCCUUGAAAAACUGAAUGACAUUCAGUUGGCUCUUGUAAUAUCACGACUUUAUGAGUCGGAAUUUGAAGUAUCUAGUACUUACAAAUCUGUACUACAGAAGAGAAUUUUGGGAAGUGUCUUCCCUGGAAAAGAGAGCUCAGGAAACAUGCACUGUGACCCUUUUCUGCGAAGUAUGGCUUACUGGAUUUUGGAAGAUUAUAGCAAGGCUCUUGACACUUUGAUUAAACAUUCUGUUGGAGAUGAAGAUGAAGGAGAUGGCUCAUCAAGUUGUAACCCUGCAGUGUUUAACUUCUAUAACUACUUAAGAACACAUCCUCUCUUGUUGAGACGUCAUUUUGGCUCUUCUGAUACAUCUUCCACACACAUUUGCCUAACAGUAGAAAAUGGAUUAGCUGACAAAAUCAACCUGGGUGAAAGACGCCUCUUUUUCACCACUGCAUAUGCUCAUCUAAAAGCUGGUUGUCCUAUGUUGGCCUUAGAAGUGUUAUCAAAGAUGCCCAAAGUGUUCAAGAGAUCAAAGUCAUUUGGUAGGUCCCCUACCUUAAUGGAUACCAGUAAAGAUUUCUCACCGUCUUCUCCAGUUAAAGAGUUGGAAACAAAAGACAAGUCUUCGAGUGUUGAUUGGUCACAGCCGGUAUUGAAUGGUCUAGGUUCAUCUUCAGAUUGUUCAUCAGGAAAACAUUCAAGUUCAGCUCUUUCCUUAGACUGCCAGUCAAGUGCAAUAUUCCAAGAUGAACACUUCAAACUACAGUCAGACAGUGAUCAAAGUGAUGAGAGUGAAGAUUCUUCCCUGGUAAUGAAAGAGCUAAAACCUCGGAAGAGAACUGAAAACUUAAAUGAAACAGGUUCUAGCUACACAGAAUCUUUUAGUGUAGUUGAUGACAAAGAUAUUCUAAGUCCAUCAGAAGAUAUAAUUUCAGCACAGCUGAAGUUUAGAGCAUGCCUGAAAAUUCUUACUGUAGAGCUUCGUACACUGUCUACUGGUUAUGAAGUAGAUGGUGGGAAAUUGAGAUAUCAGCUUUAUCAGUGGCUUGAAAGAGAAGUGGUAGCUCUUCAGAAGACCUGUGAUUAUAAUGUUGAAGAGAUACAGCCAGGAAGUACUGUGAUGCCAGAGGAAACUACAUUAUAUGAAAACACUGAAAACUUAGCUGACCAGCAAAAAAAUAUGCUACACAAAGACUUCCAGAAAAGACGUCAAUGGCUUCUGAAAUACCAGUCUCUCCUAAGAAUGUUCCUUAGUUACUGUAUACUUCAUGGCUCUCAUGGUGGAGGAUUGGCAUCCGUUAGAAUGGAAUUAAUUCUGCUGUUGCAGGAAUCUCAGCAGGAGCAGUCAAUACAGAUACCUUCCAGCCCUCUGGCAGAGCAAAGCUCCAUACCCCUCCUGUUUGCUUGCACAGCUAGUGCCAAAACAGUGGUGGCUAAUCCCAUGCUACAUCUUGGUAAUUUAACUCAUGAUAUUUUACAUGCCAUAAUAAACCUUGAUUCACCACCUCAUCCAGAUACUCAGAACAACAAGAUAUACGUAAUGCAUACCUUAGCAGCAUCACUCUCUGCUUGCAUCUACCAGUGUCUUUGUGAUGGCCACAGCUACAGCUCAUUUCAAGCAAAUCAGUUUACUGGAACAGUGUAUCAGACAGUUUUGUUAACUCAGUGCCAUUCUCUAAGAACAACAAGCCCGGAAGAAACAGUGACUCCCAAUACAUCGCCUGCUCAGUGGCCAGGAAUAACAGCUCUAAUACGUCUUCUGAAUUCUGCUGGUGAGGAGGCCCAGCCAGGUCUCACAGUUUUACUUUGUGAAAUUCUAACUGCGGUUUAUCUGAGUCUGUUCAUCCAUGGUCUAGCAACACAUUCUAGUAAUGAGUUGUAUAGAAUUAUGGCUCAUCCACUUAACAACAAAAUGUGGUCUGCUGUCUUUGGAGGAGGAGCUCAUACGCCCAGCAAAGGACAACUGCAAUUAAAGACAAAAACUGUUGCUACUGUUGUGUAUGAUGGAGAGAAACAACAAAAACGUUACAGGCUUUCAUCAAAAACCUCUCCAAAAGAAAGUUCUCAGUUGCCUGCAUUGCCAUUGGUAGACCAAGAAUCUCCAUCUUACAAAGAAAGAUUUAUUCCUCCUGAGCUUAGCAUCUGGGACUAUUUCAUUGCAAAGCCUUUUCUUCCAUCGCAAAGUAGAGUAGAAUAUGAUUCAGAAGAGAGUCUGGAAAGUGGUGAAGAUGAUGAUGUUGAUGGAGAUGUGUUUGCAUCAAAUUCACAUAAUCAAGAGCAUUCUAAUUCAAAUUCAUUCAGUUGGUCACUGAUGAGAUUGGCAAUGGUUCAGCUGGUACUUCACAAUUUGAAGAGUUUCUACCCUUUGGCUGGACAUGAUCUUUCAGAGCUUCCAGUUAGCUCCCCAAUAUGCCAUGCAGUUUUGAAAACACUACAGCGCUGGGAACAAGUUCUUCUCCGACGCCUUGAGCUGUAUGGGGGUCCACCUCAAAAUUAUAUUUCAGUUCAUGCUUCUGAAGAUGCCCUAGCUGCUGGUCCUGCAUUGCUUCGCCAUAAAACUUUACUUGAGCCUACAAACACUCCAUUCAGAUCCAACACUCAUGUUGCACUGUCUGUGAAGAGGCUGUGGCAAUACUUGGUCAAACAGGAAGAAGUCCAGGAAACCUUUAUCAGAAAUAUUUUUACAAAGAAGCGAUGCCUGAAUGAGUCAUUAGAGGAGCACAAUGAAACCGUGAAAAAUUCUGUGGUGGAGGAGCCCAUCAUCAAUAAGAUAGAAACAGAUUUGGGAUACCCAGGGGGCAAAGCACGAAUUAUCCACAAAGAGUCUGACAUCAUUACUGCUUUUGCAGUCAAUAAAGCAAAUCGGAACUGCAUUGCAAUAGCAUCAAGUCAUGACAUUCAAGAGUUAGAUGUUUCUGCGAUUUUGGCUACACAAAUCUAUACCUGGGUUGAUGAUGAUGUGGAAAUAGAAAAUAAAGGGGCUGAUGAUUUCUUAGUAAUACAUGCUCGUGAUGAUCUGGUAAAUGUUCAGGGAACCACUCCUUAUACCCAUAGUAAUCCCGGCACGCCUAUCAAUAUGCCUUGGCUUGGUAGUACUCAAACUGGCAGGGGUGCAUCUGUGAUGCUCAAGAAGGCUAUUAAUAACGUCAGAAGAAUGGCUUCUCAUCCAACAUUACCAUAUUACCUGACAGGUGCUCAAGAUGGUAGUGUAAGAAUGUUUGAAUGGGGUCAUGCACAGCAAAUCACAUGUUUUCGAUCUGGUGGCAACUCAAGGGUAACUCGAAUGAGAUUCAAUUACCAAGGAAAUAAGUUUGGAAUUGUUGAUGCUGAUGGAUAUAUAAGUUUAUAUCAAACAAAUUGGAAAUGUUGCCCACUUACUGGAACUUCACCUAAACCAUAUUUGAUGUGGCAGUGUCAUAACAAAACAGCCAAUGACUUUGUUUUCAUCAGUUCAUCAUCUUUGAUAGCCACAGCAGGAUUGUCUUCCGACAACAGAAAUAUUUGUCUUUGGGAUACUUUGGUUUCACCUACAAAUAGCUUGGUGCAUGCUUUUAUCUGUCAUGAUAGUGGAGCAACUGUGCUAGCAUAUGCUCCAAAACAUCAGCUCUUAAUAUCAGGAGGCAGAAAAGGCUUUACAUGUAUAAUUGAUCUUCGCCAAAAACAACAGCAACAGUUACUCCAGAGUCAUGAUUCUCCAGUCAAAGCAAUUGCUGUUGAUCCUACAGAAGAGUAUUUUGUCACAGGAUCUGCUGAAGGCAACAUAAAGGUAUGGAGUCUGUCUACAUUUAGUCUUCUUCACACUUUCAUCAAUGAACACGCUCGACAGUCUCUCUUCAGAAACAUUGGGACAGGAGUCAUGCAAAUUGAGACAGGACCAGCAAAUCACAUAUUCUCCUGUGGUGCUGAUGGAACAGUAAAGAUGAGAAUCUUGCCUGAUAGAUUCAGCCCUUUAAAUGAUGUGUUAAAAAAUGAUUUGAAAUUUAUGAUCUAAUGUUUUUCUUAGCACAGUGUAUAACAACAUUCCUGUUCUGCCAUCCCUGAAACUAUUUUUCCUGAUACUAGCCAACAAAGCAGAUACACAAUGAUAGCUUGUGCCAGAAAGAUGCGGGUUUUGAUUUUUUUUUCUUUCCCCCUUUAUAUUUAUUACCUGAAGCUUCUAGUCCUUCAGAUUUUGAUCGUUGCCUAAA